CGGGCGCUCUCGCGAGAUCGGCGCGAUCGGGGCCUCCGCUUCCGGCGGCGGGAGCGGUGCAGAGUCAGCGGCGGCGGGGGCGGAACCGGCACCGGCACCGGCACCAGGAUCCGGCCUCGGAGCCAGCGCCGCCGUCACCAUGGGCAACAUCUUCGGGAACCUGCUGAAGAGCCUGAUUGGGAAGAAGGAGAUGCGGAUCCUGAUGGUGGGGCUGGACGCUGCUGGGAAGACCACCAUCCUCUACAAGCUCAAACUGGGGGAGAUCGUCACCACCAUCCCCACCAUCGGGUUCAACGUCGAGACAGUGGAGUACAAGAACAUCAGCUUCACCGUGUGGGAUGUGGGUGGGCAGGACAAGAUCCGGCCCCUCUGGAGGCAUUACUUCCAAAACACCCAGGGGCUGAUCUUCGUGGUGGACAGCAACGACCGGGAGCGGGUGAACGAGGCGCGGGAGGAGCUGAUGCGGAUGCUGGCGGAGGAUGAGCUGCGGGACGCCGUCCUCCUCGUCUUCGCCAACAAGCAGGACCUGCCCAAUGCCAUGAACGCAGCAGAGAUCACGGACAAGCUGGGGCUGCACUCCCUGCGCCACCGUAACUGGUACAUCCAGGCCACCUGUGCCACCAGCGGGGAUGGGCUCUACGAGGGCCUCGACUGGCUCGCCAACCAGCUCAAGAACAAGAAGUGAGGGGGGGUCCCCCUGUGGCCCCCUGGGCCGUGCCAGGGCCCCCCCCGGCCGCCCCCUCCCUGCCCCGGUUGGGUUUUGCUUUCUUCUGGCACCGGUUGCUGUGGGGUUUUUCGCCUUUUUUGGGGUCCCCCUGGUUCCCCUCGGAUCUCGUGUGUGCGUGCGUGGAAUUAGAGCUCUAUAUAACGCCCAGGGGGGCAGGGGCAGAGCCCUGGGAGGGUGGGAUGGGGCUGGGGGGGCCACCUCGGCACUGCCCUGCCUGGGGGAGCCGGGGACACCCCAUCCCCAUGCAUGUCCCUGCACCCCUCGCCUUCCUCUGGACCAAAUGUGGGGGCAGCAGGGCCGUGGGGGGGAUUUGGGACUAUACACCUCCCCCUCCCUCCCAGCACCCCCUCCCGGCCCCGUGUGCCCCCCCCGGGCAUCCCACACGUCCCCGGCCCCCCCAUGUCACUUCGAGGCAGGUCUCCUCCCCGCAACGUGACCAUUGCAGAGGGGGGGGCACAGGGCUGCCAGCACCCCUGGGGUCCCCCUGGCCAUGCCCCCCCUCCUCUCCCUGGCCACCUGCCCCCCACCCCAUGCCAGCAUAGUGAUUGUAUGUCCCUGCCCCUCACGGACGGACAGUGUCCCCCCCCCCCCCCCACCCCGUACUGUGCCCCCUCCUCCCCAGCACCGUAUUUAUACCCCUGGUCUGUGCUUGGUGUGACGUGUCGCUGCGGCUCUGCCCUGUCCAGGGACGUGUGUUCUCAGCCCCCCCCCCCAGCCCCCUGCGCCUGAGACGGUGGGUGACCUCCCCUGACCCCCCCCUUGGAUAUUAAACAUGUUUUAUGUA